AUGCCGGUGAACUUCAGUGAACCAUUGUCAGUUCUACAAAGAAUCACUGAAGAUCUGGAGUACGCGUCGUUAUUGGAAACGGCUUCCACUCUAGAACCGUUCGAACAAAUGGCCUACGUGGCCGCGUACGGUGUCAGCAACUACUCGACGACAGGAAAUCGUACGAAUAAGCCGUUCAAUCCGUUGUUAGGAGAGACGUAUGAAUGUGAUCGUACUACUGAUCUAGGAUGGCGUAGUAUUACGGAACAGGUCUCCCAUCAUCCUCCUGCAGCAGCACAUUAUGCCGAAGGCAAUGGCUGGGUGAUGUAUCAGGAUUUCACGAUGACGAGCCGGUUUCCGUGGCAAGUACCUAUCUCUGUGAUACCGGUCGGCUACACGCAUGUCUAUUUUCCGGGUACUAAGAAUCAUUAUUCAUAUAAAAAGGUCUAUGGCGUGGUACGAGACUCACAUGGCGAGCCCUCGUCCUGCCGUAGGUUCGAAGGAAAAAAAAAAAACAACAGCAUGGGAUUCCCAUGUAGAUAUGCUGAGAGUCACAAGGCAAAUAGGAAAUGGCGACAAGGCGCGCCUGGAGACCGAUUCCGAGCCGAAACGUAUUUGGACAGUCAAUCCACCGCCCCGACCGGCGCUGAGCGAAUGCAUAACUUCACUCGUCUGGCGAUUGAGCUCAAUGAACCAGAACCGGGCGUUGCACCUACGGACAGCCGGUUACGACCAGAUCAACGGCUUAUGGAAGAGGGCAAAUGGGACGAAGCCAAUAGUAAGAAGCUUGAGCUCGAAGAAAAACAACGAGCUGUGCGAAGAAGACGUGAAGCAGAGAUGGAGAAAGCCAUGCAGCAAGGUCUAUCGUACGAAGAGUAUCAGCCAAGAUGGUUCCAGAAAACUCAAGAUGAGAUCACAGGCACACUUAUUCAUAAGUAUCUCGGCGAGUACUGGGAGAAAAAGGAGCAAGGCGACUGGUCGGGUUGUCCAACUAUAUUUUGA